AUGUGGGCACUCACCCAGCAAAGCAGAGCACCUGGGCCUGGUGUUGCAGCAGAAACCAUCAGAUUGACGCCUUUUUGUGACCAUUUCAAGCCUUCCGCUCUGGAUUCUUCUUCACCAACCACCAACCGAGUCGAAUCAAAUGCAGGAAGCAUCAAACCGGUCAAAAGUUAUGCACGAAAGCGGGCCACGGCUAAGUCGGCUCCUGGGUGCAUUCGCAUUCCCAGAUGCAUGACCAUCAAAAAACCGCCAGAUGACCGGACUUUUCGAUAUUGA